AUGAAGGCUCACGUUGGUAACUAUUCCCGCCACCAAAAGGCCGGUCUUUGGAGACUGUCACUACGCUGCCCGCAAAAGGAGGACGACCUUCAACCUGGCUGUACUCGUUCUUAUUUAAGAAAAGAACACCUGCGGCGGCACGAACGUGACCAUGCCAACGCCCGACCAUUUACUUGCCAGGAAUGCCCCUCGGCAUUUAAUCGCAGGGACUUGCUCAACCGCCAUAAAGCACUUAACCACGGGGAUUCGCAACGCUUAGCUGAUCAACCUCAUCCCGAAGGCUCUGUCGCAAGCAAACGCAGCAAACCUACCGAUGAUCACAGCCCGACACCAGUUGGUGAAUAUGCUGCUGAUGAAGCUCAAAGUUCCAAUACAGCAAGUGAGAUCUGGCAUCUGGAUCUUUCUUCAACCCCAGCUGCAAAACUACUCGAAGCGACAAAUCGACGUCAACUAGAGGAGCUUUACUUCCGCAAUUUCCAUCCCCACUGGCCUAUUUUGCACCAGAAAACAGUCCAGAACUCAGCGCAGCCGCCUAAUCUAUCGAUAGCAGUCUUAAUUGCCGGGCUAUGGAUGAUAGGAACCCCUGAGACAAGGAAUGAGGCAAUGUCCUAUCAUGACGCUAUAUUGACUGAACUCAAUCGAAAGCUUUUUGAAGCCUCAGUAAAAGAUUACCAUCCGAAAGUUCCGGUGCCUGGGUUUCUUGCCGAGUUCCAGGCACUCCUUAUUCUGAUCAUCCUCUCAACAUAUAGGGGAACAGAUUUCUGUCCUCCGGGGGUCAUCUGCCACAAGGAACUAUUUGAGCUCUUUGACAGAUACGGUGUAUAUGACCAAAAGAAGAUCGAUAUGGCAACUUCCAACCCGAUACAUCGAGAAGUCUAUCAAAGGCUCGCUCUUCUUCAUUUCAAAGUUCACAUCCAUCUCAAUUAUGUCAUGGUUACAGACUAUUCAAAGUUUAAACCUUUGGGAUUUUUCGAUCCGCAAAUACUGCAAGUCCGAGCUCCAGCCCUAAGUCAUAUUUGGGACAGUAGCGUUAUCGGUUGGUCGGACUAUGAGGUUCGUACUGUGGUAGGAAGCUUAUUCGAAAACACUGCGGAUUCGAGCAGGUGGAAUGAACUAUCGUCCGUUGUUGCAUGGGACUUCACGUUAGGAAUGGCGCUGGGCUGUUGCUUGGCAAGUCCUGCUGAGGAGACCUAUCCUGCCUUAUUGCAAAGGAUCGGGCCUUUCUUAUUCUCACAUUUAAAAGAUACUCGUAUUGCUGAUCCAGGACUAACCUCAAAUGUUGAGGUGAUGAUUUGA